GCACCCGGGGACGGUUUCGGCGGCGGGGCGGACGCUUCCUCACUAGCCGGGCGCCCGGGCCGGCCGCCGAGGCUUAGGUGGAGGCUGAGGCUGCCGCGCGCCGCGGGAGGAGCCUCGCCCUCGGCGGCGGCGGCGGCGGCACAGGUGGCGCGGGCCGCGCGCGGGGCGCAGCUCGGGAGCGCUCGGCGCCGGGCGCCGCGGCGGCCCCAGGCUCGCGCCCGCGGCGACAGCCGGCCAAGCGGAGCGGCGGGCGCGGCGGCUGCUCUCUCAGCCUGGCCGGCUGGCGGCGGCGCCCGGAGCCCCGAGGAGCCCGCAGGAGCCCGUGAAGCCCGCGGAGCCGGGCAGGGGGCGCUGCGCUCGCCGAGCUCGGAGGGGCCGCCGGGCCGGGCGCUGCUCACUCGCGUCGGGAGCCGCCUCUGGCCCGCGGCGCUCGCCCCUGCCGCCCGCCAGCAUCCCUUGUCCCGCGGCCGCGCUCAGACAACAAAAGCGGAAGAUGCUGCAGUUGGGCAAGGUCAGGACCUUGCCCUGAAGCCGGGCGGCGCUGCGCACGCCUCUUCCCGGACUGAGGAGCUGUCGCCGGCGGCGGGUGCAUGUUUGCGAGGAAGCCGCCGGGCGCCGCGCCUUUGGGAGCUAUGCCUGUCCCAGACCAGCCUUCAGCAGCCUCAGAGAAGACGAGUUCCCUGAGCCCCGGCUUAAACACCUCCAACGGGGAUGGCUCUGAAACAGAAACCACCUCUGCCAUCCUCGCCUCAGUCAAAGAACAGGAAUUACAGUUUGAAAGGCUGACCCGAGAGCUGGAGGCUGAACGGCAGAUCGUAGCCAGCCAGCUGGAGCGAUGCAAGCUCGGAUCCGAGACGGGCAGCAUGAGCAGCAUGAGUUCAGCAGAAGAGCAGUUUCAGUGGCAGUCACAAGAUGGUCAAAAAGAUAUCGAAGAUGAGCUUACAACAGGUCUCGAGCUGGUGGACUCCUGUAUUAGGUCACUACAGGAAUCAGGAAUACUUGACCCACAGGAUUAUUCUACAGGUGAAAGGCCCAGCCUGCUCUCCCAGAGUGCACUUCAGCUCAAUUCCAAACCUGAAGGGUCUUUCCAGUAUCCGGCCAGCUACCAUAGCAACCAGACCCUGGCCCUGGGGGAAACCACCCCUUCACAGCUCCCGGCCCGAGGCACACAAGCCCGAGCUACGGGCCAGAGCUUCAGCCAGGGCACGACCAGCCGCGCCGGCCACCUGGCGGGGCCCGAGCCCGCGCCGCCGCCGCCGCCGCCGCCGCGGGAGUCGUUCGCGCCCAGCCUGGGCAGCGCCUUCCACCUGCCCGACGCGCCGCCAGCCGCCGCCGCCGCCGCCGCCGCGCUCUACUACUCCAGCUCCACGCUGCCCGCGCCGCCGCGCGGGGGCUCCCCGCUGGCCGCGCCCCAGGGUGGUUCGCCCACCAAGCUGCAGCGCGGCGGCUCGGCCCCCGAGGGCGCCACCUACGCCGCGCCGCGCGGCUCCUCGCCCAAGCAGUCGCCCAGCCGCCUGGCCAAGUCCUACAGCACCAGCUCGCCCAUCAACAUCGUCGUGUCCUCGGCCGGCCUGUCCCCGAUCCGCGUGACCUCGCCCCCCACCGUGCAGUCCACCAUCUCCUCCUCGCCCAUCCACCAGCUGAGCUCCACCAUCGGCACGUACGCCACCCUGUCGCCCACCAAGCGCCUGGUCCACGCGUCUGAGCAGUACAGCAAGCACUCGCAGGAGCUGUAUGCCACGGCCACCCUCCAGAGGCCGGGCAGCCUGGCAGCUGGGUCCCGAGCCUCAUACAGCAGCCAGCAUGGGCACCUGGGCCCAGAGCUGCGGGCUCUGCAGUCCCCAGAACACCACAUAGAUCCCAUCUACGAAGACCGCGUCUAUCAGAAGCCCCCUAUGAGGAGUCUCAGCCAGAGCCAGGGGGACCCUCUGCCGCCAGCACACACCGGCACCUACCGCACGAGCACAGCCCCAUCUUCCCCUGGUGUCGACUCCGUCCCCUUGCAGCGCACAGGCAGCCAGCACGGCCCACAGAAUGCCGCCGCGGCCACCUUCCAGAGGGCCAGCUAUGCCGCCGGCCCGGCCUCCAAUUACGCGGACCCCUACCGACAGCUGCAGUAUUGUCCCUCUGUUGAGUCUCCAUACAGCAAAUCCGGCCCUGCUCUCCCGCCCGAAGGCACCUUGGCCAGGUCCCCGUCCAUUGAUAGCAUUCAGAAAGAUCCCAGAGAAUUUGGAUGGAGAGACCCGGAACUGCCGGAAGUGAUUCAGAUGUUGCAGCACCAGUUUCCCUCAGUCCAGUCUAACGCAGCAGCCUACUUGCAACACCUCUGUUUUGGAGACAACAAAAUUAAAGCCGAGAUAAGGAGACAAGGAGGCAUCCAGCUCCUGGUGGACCUGUUGGAUCAUCGGAUGACCGAAGUCCACCGUAGUGCCUGUGGAGCUCUGAGAAACCUGGUGUAUGGGAAGGCCAACGAUGAUAACAAAAUUGCUCUGAAAAACUGUGGUGGCAUCCCAGCACUGGUGAGGUUACUCCGCAAGACGACUGACCUGGAGAUCCGGGAGCUGGUCACAGGAGUCCUUUGGAACCUCUCCUCAUGCGAUGCACUCAAAAUGCCAAUCAUCCAGGAUGCCCUGGCAGUACUGACCAACGCGGUGAUUAUCCCCCACUCAGGCUGGGAAAAUUCGCCUCUUCAGGAUGAUCGGAAAAUACAGCUGCAUUCAUCACAGGUGCUGCGUAACGCCACCGGGUGCCUAAGGAAUGUUAGUUCGGCCGGAGAGGAGGCCCGCAGAAGGAUGAGAGAGUGUGAUGGGCUUACGGAUGCCUUGCUGUAUGUGAUCCAGUCUGCGCUGGGGAGCAGUGAGAUCGAUAGCAAGACCGUUGAAAACUGUGUGUGCAUUUUAAGGAACCUCUCGUACCGGCUGGCGGCAGAAACGUCUCAGGGACAGCACAUGGGCACGGACGAGCUGGACGGGCUACUCUGUGGCGAGGCCAAUGGCAAGGACGCUGAGAGCUCUGGGUGCUGGGGCAAGAAGAAGAAGAAAAAGAAACCCCAAGAUCAGUGGGAUGGAGUAGGACCUCUUCCAGACUGUGCUGAACCACCAAAAGGGAUCCAGAUGCUGUGGCACCCAUCAAUAGUCAAACCCUACCUCACACUGCUCUCUGAGUGCUCAAAUCCAGACACGCUGGAAGGGGCGGCAGGUGCCCUGCAGAACUUGGCUGCAGGGAGCUGGAAGUGGUCAGUAUAUAUCCGAGCCGCUGUUCGAAAAGAGAAAGGCCUGCCCAUCCUCGUGGAGCUGCUCCGAAUAGACAAUGACCGCGUGGUGUGCGCAGUGGCCACUGCGCUGCGGAACAUGGCCUUGGACGUCAGAAAUAAGGAGCUCAUCGGCAAAUACGCCAUGCGAGACCUAGUCCACAGGCUUCCAGGAGGGAACAACAGCAACAACACGGCAAGCAAGGCCAUGUCGGAUGACACAGUGACAGCGGUCUGCUGCACGCUGCAUGAAGUGAUUACCAAGAACAUGGAGAACGCCAAGGCCUUACGGGAUGCCGGUGGCAUCGAGAAGUUGGUCGGCAUCUCCAAAAGCAAAGGAGAUAAACACUCUCCAAAAGUGGUCAAGGCCGCAUCUCAGGUCCUCAACAGCAUGUGGCAGUACCGAGAUCUGAGGAGUCUCUACAAAAAGGAUGGAUGGUCACAAUACCACUUUGUAGCCUCGUCUUCAACCAUCGAGAGGGACCGGCAAAGGCCCUACUCCUCCUCCCGCACGCCCUCCAUCUCCCCUGUGCGCGUGUCUCCCAACAACCGCUCAGCAAGUGCCCCAGCUUCACCUCGGGAAAUGAUCAGCCUCAAAGAAAGGAAAACAGACUACGAGUGCACCGGCAGCAACGCCACCUACCACGGAGCUAAAGGCGAACACACUUCCAGGAAAGACGCCAUGACAGCUCAAAACACUGGAAUUUCAACUUUGUAUAGGAAUUCAUAUGGUGCGCCCGCUGAAGACAUCAAACACAACCAGGUUUCAGCACAGCCAGUCCCACAGGAGCCCAGCAGAAAAGAUUACGAGACCUACCAGCCAUUUCAGAAUUCCACGAGAAAUUACGACGAGUCCUUCUUCGAGGACCAGGUCCACCAUCGCCCUCCCGCCAGCGAGUACACCAUGCACCUGGGUCUCAAGUCCACCGGCAACUACGUUGACUUCUACUCAGCUGCCCGUCCCUACAGUGAACUGAACUAUGAAACGAGCCACUACCCGGCCUCCCCCGACUCCUGGGUGUGAGGAGCGGGGCACAGGCGCUCCGGGAACAGUGCAUGUGCAUGCAUACCACAAGACAUUUCUUUCUGUUUUAUUUUUUUCUCCUGCAAAUUUAGUUUGUUAAAGCCUGUUCCAUAGGAAGGCUGUGAUAACCAGUAAGGAAAUAUUAAGAGCUAUUUUAGAAAGCUAAAUGAAUCGCAAGUUAACUUGGAAAUCAGUAGAAAGCUAAAGUGAUCCUAAAUAUGACAGUGGGCAGCACCUUUCUAGCGUGAGCUGUAGAGUAACGAGAAGUGCUUUAUACUGAACGUGGCUGAUGGGAGGAGAGACGAGGCAUUCGGGCCGGUGGGGCGUGAGGGUUAUCGGUAAGCACAAGACACAGAAUAGUUUACACACUGUAUGGGGGACGGCUUCUCACGCUUUGUUUACUCUCUUCAUCCGUUGUGACUCUAGGCUUCAGGUUGCAUUGGGGUUCCUCUGUACAGCAAGAUGUUUCUUGCCUUUUGUUAAUGCAUUGUUGUAAAGUAUUUGAUGUACAUUACAGAUUAAAGAAGAAAAGCGCGUUGUGUAUAUUACACCAAUGCCGCCGUGUUUCCUCAUCUAUGGUUCUAAAUAUUGCUUCAAUUUCAAACUUUUGAAAGAUGAUGUAUGGAUUUCCAGUUUUUCUUUCUUUACUUUCUCCCAGUAUGUUUUAACAAAAAAAAAAAAAAAAGCAGGAAAAAAGGAAUAUUUAGCAGUAUUGUUCGUUCUGAUAUGUGAAUUUGUUUGUGACAACUAAACAAGGCAUUCAGCAGUUUCUGACGAUUAACAUACAUCAUUCCACACUCCUUGUCAACAAAGUGCUUUUUCACUGCCUAAAAUUUUAGAUGUAGAUAUUUGAAAUAGAUUUUUUCAUUUAUACCAGUUUUCUUUAUGAUGAUACAGUGUUAAAAGAAAAUAAAUUACAAUUGAUCUGUCAUCCAUAUUUGCUAAGAAUGUCUAUUUCCAAGGACCUAUAUCUUACAAAAUACACAUUCUUGCUUGUGUGUCUGUGUGUGUGUGGGUGUAUGUAUGUCCACGUACUAGAAAAAUGACCUGUGUGAGAUUUUAUUUUGACAGAAGCUAUUUCAUUUGCUGUUCAUCUUGUACAAACUUUGUUUUUGGUUUUUUAGUAUAAAUGUACAUCGGUUUGUUCCUUUUGUACUGUAUCUAUUCUUCUGACCAUCUAGUGACUCAGGAUAUUAGGCCAGUUGAAGUGGAGUUAUAGGAUUUUCACACAUUCACACAUACUUGGAUAUCAACCCUCUCUACAGGUCCAUUUCCUUACAUAUUUUAUCCCCUCAGAACAUGAUAAACCAUGGCCAAUUCAAUUUCACUUUGGGGCCAGUUACCUGAAGUAUCCACAGAAAAUGUAAACUGCUCGCCUUAUUCCCCCAAACUUUUUGUUCAUGUGGCAGGGAGCAGUACACAACUAUGGAAUAGAUUAUUAAAACUGAACUUGAAGCUAACGUUAGAAUAGUGGUUAACAGAGCUAAGAAAUAAGGCUAACCAUUGAAAAGAACACGGGCCAUGGGUAAACUAGCUUUGCUCUUUAGAUGCAAGUGACUGAGGCCAAUAGGUGCCUAGUAAAUGUUAACUGUUCUUGGAAAAAAUAAAAACAUAAAUAACAAAAGAAA